AGUGCGCACAGUGACCGGAUGCUGCCUCAUCAGGACUCCGAAAACAGCCGGAUUUUUCUGCACCCGCGAUGAUCUGAGCGUGAGUCCAAAAAGUCGAUCAGAGUGGCCGCGGUGCUUCAUUCCCCCCUCAAACCUCCAGUGUGUAGUUUUUGUCGUUCCCCCCCGGAGCGCACUCGGAUCAGGAUGGAGUGGAUGAGGUUCAGGACCGCGGACAGCGCAGGACUUUUCCUCUUUCUUCUCUGUGCGCUAGCCUUUCUGGUGGUUGCAGAACAAGAAGUGGAGAAUUUGUCGGGUCUGUCCCCAAACCCCAACAGAGACAUUUUUGUAGUGCGUGACAAUGGAACUACGUGCUUAAUGGCAGAGUUUGCAGUGAAAAUUGUAGUUCCUUAUGAUGUACUGGCACUUAAUGGUAUAGAUCUAAUCACAGAACAGGCAUCUUUUACACUCCCACGCGGAGCCCAGAUAGCAGGUACAUGUGGCACAACAGAGGCUGAGCUGCAAGUUUCCUGGAAAAAUAAUGCCCAUACACUCCGUCUGUUCUUCACCAAGGAGAAACACAAGGUGAAGAAAAAUGGAAAGACCAGUGAGAAUGAGAUUUGGAAGAUCAGUAAAGUUCAGCUGGUGUAUGAUACAUCAGAAACUUCUCACUUCAUCAACGCCUAUAACCCGGGAAAACACACUGCCAGCACCCAUCACCUAUCAGCGCUGGUGACCCCAGUAGGGCGCUCAUAUAGAUGUGCAGCUCAGCAGACCCUGACAUUGAUCUCUAGUGACCACCAAAAGGGCAUCACCAUCUCUAUGUCUGACAUCCAGAUCCAGCCUUUUGACAUACAAAGCGACUUUGUGUUCAGUGAACCAUAUACGUGCAUCACAGACCAGCGUGAGCAGCUGGAGGAAAUUCUUCCCCUGGUGCUGGGUAUUAUCCUGGGGUUUAUCCUUGUACUUGUCAUCGCCAUCUACCACUUCCACCUCAAGAUGACGGCUACUCAACAACCCUCGCUGCCUCGUGACCGUUCACUCUACACGAACAUGUAGAGACUCCCUAUGCAUCAGGCCAAGGCCUGCCAAUGAGACAAAAGCCAACGCUUGCAAACAUUAUGCCUAACAGUGGAUAAAUGUUUAUAUCUUUAAUGUCUGCUUCCUGCAGUUUUAUCUCUGUGUUUUGCAUCUGGAAUUUUAGUUUAUUUGUACAUUUAUUUAUGAGUUUGUACAUAAACAAUGUCCUGUACAAAUAUUACAUGUGAAUAAUAAUUACUGUACUUGUCACAUUAAUUGCACAUAUGCUGUGUAACUUUUAUCAAUGUAAAGUGAGCUGAGAUGAAGGUGUUUAAAAGAGAAUAUAUAAUAAAAAUAUUACAAGACUGAUCUUUGUAAUCAUAUGGAUCAUGCUGUAAAAAGUACACCCAUGCAACAUUUUGUGUACAAAUUCUUAUUUAAGAUAAAUUCUAUUAUGUGCGUCAGUUUGGU